GGAUGCCAGUUUCCUGAAAUACGGGCUGGCGGGCGGAAGUGCAGGCCCGCUUGAGGUAUGCCGUGAGGCGUCGGCUGGGCGCUGCGCGUGGCGGGUCUCCGAGACUUAGUCUCGGAGGGCCGCCAUGGCCAGCGUCCACGAGAGCCUCUAUUUCAAUCCAAUGAUGACCAAUGGAGUGGUGCACGCCAACGUGUUCGGCAUCAAGGACUGGGUGACACCAUAUAAGAUCGCGGUACUGGUGUUGCUGAACGAGAUGGGCCGCACGGGCGAGGGCGCGGUCAGCCUUCUGGAGCGGCGGAAGCUCAACCAGCUACUCCUGCCGCUGCUGCAGGGCCCAGACAUUACACUGUCAAAACUAUACAAGUUAAUUGAAGACUCUUGUCCUCAGCUGGCAAAUUCAGUACAGAUCAGAAUCAAACUGAUGGCUGAAGGCGAAUUGAAGGAUAUGGAACAGUUUUUUGAUGACCUUUCAGAUUCUUUUUCUGGAACUGAACCAGAGGUUCACAAAACAAGUGUAGUAGGUUUAUUUCUGCGUCACAUGAUCUUGGCCUACAGUAAACUUUCUUUCAGUCAAGUGUUUAAACUAUACACUGCCCUUCAACAGUACUUCCAAAAUGGUGAGAAAAAGACAAUGGAGGAUACUGAGAUGGAACUGACAAGUAGAGAGGAAGGAGAAAGAAAAAUGGAAAAAGAAGAACUUGAUGUGUCUGUAAGAGAAGAAGAGGUAUCUUGCAGUGGACCUCUAUCUCAAAAACAAGCAGAAUUUUUUCUUUCUCAGCAGGCUUCUUUGUUAAAGAAUGAUGAGACUAAAGCCCUCACUCCAGCUUCCUUGCAGAAAGAAUUGAACAACUUGUUGAAAUUUAAUCCUGAUUUUGCUGAAGCGCAUUACCUUAGCUACUUGAACAACCUCCGCGUCCAGGAUGUUUUCAGCUCAACACACAGCCUCCUUCAUUAUUUUGACCGCCUGAUUCUCACCGGAGCUGAAAGUAAGAGUAACGGGGAAGAGGGCUAUGGCCGGAGCUUGAGAUAUGCUGCUCUGAACCUGGCUGCUUUGCACUGCCGCUUCGGUCACUAUCAACAGGCAGAGCUCGCCCUGCAGGAGGCAAUUAGGAUUGCCCAGGAGUCCAACGAUCACGUGUGUCUCCAGCACUGUUUGAGCUGGCUUUAUGUGCUGGGGCAGAAGAGAUCCGAUAGCUAUGUUCUGCUGGAGCAUUCUGUGAAGAAAGCAGUACAUUUUGGGUUACCGUACCUCGCCUCCCUGGGAAUACAGUCCCUUGUUCAACAGAGAGCUUUUGCUGGGAAGACGGCCAACAAACUGAUGGAUGCCCUAAAGGACUCUGACCUCCUGCACUGGAAACACAGCCUGUCGGAGCUCAUCGAUAUCAGCAUCGCCCAGAAAACGGCCAUCUGGAGACUUUAUGGCCGCAGCACUAUGGCACUACAGCAAGCCCAGAUGUUGCUGAGCAUGAACAGCCUGGAGUCAGUGAAUUCCGGAGUACAGCAGAACAACACAGAGUCCUUUGCUGUCGCGCUCUGUCAUCUUGCAGAGCUACACGCAGAGCAGGGCUGUUUUGCCGCAGCUGCUGAAGUGUUAAAGCACUUGAAGGAACGAUUCCCACCUAAUACCCAACAUGCCCAGUUAUGGAUGCUAUGUGAUCAAAAAAUACAAUUUGACAGAGCAAUGAAUGAUGGCAAAUAUCAUUUGGCUGAUUCACUUGUCACAGGAAUCACAGCUCUUAAUGGCAUAGAAGGUGUAUAUAGAAAAGCAGUUGUACUACAAGCUCAGAACCAAAUGUCAGAGGCACACAAGCUUUUACAAAAAUUGUUGACAUACUGUCAGAAAUUAAAGAACACAGAAAUGGUGAUCAGUGUCCUGCUUUCGGUGGCAGAGCUGUAUUGGCGAUCUUCCUCCCCUACCAUUGCGAUGCCUGUGCUGCUGCRGGCUCUGGCCCUUUCCAAGGAGUAUCGGUUACAGUACUUGGCCUCCGAAACCGUGCUGAAUUUGGCUUUUGCCCAGCUCAUCCUUGGAAUCCCAGAACAAGCCUUAACCCUCCUCCACAUGGCCAUCGAGCCCAUCCUGGCUGAUGGGGCUAUCUUGGACAAAGGCCGUGCCAUGUUCUUAGUAGCCAAGUGCCAGGUGGCUUCAGCAGCUUCCUAUGAUCCACCAAAGAAAGCAGAAGCUCUGGAGGCCGCCAUCGAGAACCUCAAUGAAGCCAAGAACUAUUUUGCAAAAGUUGACUGCAAAGAGCGAAUUAGAGACGUCGUUUACUUCCAGGCCAGACUGUACCACACCCUGGGGAAGACACAGGAGAGGAACCGGUGUGCAAUGCUCUUCCGACAGCUACAUCAGGAACUGCCCUCCCACGGGGUGCCUUUGAUAAACCAUCUCUAGAAAACACAUCUUUACUGGUCUAUGGCCAGAGUUUAAGACAGACUUUGUGCUCCACCCACCAUAUCAAUGGUGUAUCCAUGACACCCUGUCUUGUUAAUAAACUAUGUUCUGAUCAGUUGG